CUAGUCUUCCGGUCUCCUAUCCCGGAGCAGUCUCUGUGAAGAUUUGUCCAAGGUUAAUAAUUCGUUUGGGAUCGAUCCAUCGAUGGGGGACAAGCAGUCAGGGAAGGCGUCGUUUCUGGAGAUUGUCCGGUAUGCGGACACGCACGACAUGUGCCUCAUGGUGCUGGGCGUGCUUGGGAGCUUCGGCGAUGGCAUGAUGCAGCCGCUCACCAUGCUCGUGCUCGGCGACAUCGUCAACAGCUACGGCGGCGCCAGGUCCGCCGCCAGCGGGGGCACCUUCAGCACUAGCACCGUCGACAAGUUCGCGCUUCGGCUGCUGUACGUCGCUAUUGCAGUGGGAAGCUGCUCUUUUCUAGAGGGGGUGUGUUGGACGAGAACGGCGGAGCGACAGGCAUCGAGGAUGCGGCGGCUGUACCUGGAGGCCGUCCUGCGGCAAGAAGUGGAGUUCUUCGACGCCGCACCCUCGUCGCAGCCCACCACCUUCCGUGUCAUAUCCACCAUCUCUGACGACGCCGACACUAUCCAGGACUUCAUCGGCGAGAAGCUGCCUAUGAUUCUGGCCAACAUGACGCUCUUCUUCGGCGCGCUGUCGGUGUGCUUCGUGUUCUCGUGGCGCCUGGCGCUGGCGGGCCUCCCCCUCACGUUUCUCUUCAUCGUGCCCAGCGUGCUCCUCGGCAAGCGCUUGGCCGCCACGGCUGGAGAGGCGCGCACCGCGUCCAUCGCGAUGGCGCUGCCCAACCUACGCUACUUCGUCGACUCCACGGCCGCGGCGGCCCGGAUGCGGGGGAUGAUCGAGAAGCUGCCGCCUCUAAAUGAGGCUGGCAAGGAGGGCGCCACUAUGAAGAGCGUCAGGGGGCGGAUCGUGUUCAAAGACGUGCACUUCUCGUACCCGUCCAGGCCGGACACGCGCGUGCUCACUGGCGUGAACCUGACCAUCCUCGAGGGCGCCACAGUCGGCCUCGUCGGCGGCAGUGGGUCGGGAAAGUCCACCCUCAUCGCGCUGUUGCAGCGGUUCUACAGCCCGGACGGUGGGGAGAUAUCACUCGACGGCCACGACAUCGGCACGCUCAACGUGGAGUGGCUUAGGAGCCAGAUCGGGCUCGUUAGCCAGGAGCCUGUACUGUUCGCCACCACCAUCAAGGAGAACAUCCUGUUCGGCAAUGAGGCGGCUUCGAUGAAGCAGAUCGUCGCCGCGGCGAAGAUGGCCAAUGCUCACGACUUCAUCACCAAACUACCACAAGGAUACGAAACGCAUGUGGGGCAGUUCGGCACGCAGAUGUCGGGAGGGCAGAAGCAGAGGAUCGCCAUUGCCCGGGCGCUCAUCCGGGACCCCAAGAUCCUGCUCCUGGACGAGGCGACAAGCGCGCUGGAUUCCGAGUCGGAGCGGACGGUGCAGGAUGCGCUGGACAGGGCGUCCGUCGGCCGGACCACCGUCAUCGUGGCGCACCGCCUCUCCACCCUCCGCAAGGCCGACACGAUCGCCGUGCUUGACGGUGGCCGCGUCGUGGAGUUUGGCUCGCACGACGAGCUCGUCGGCAUGGACGGCGGCGAAGGUGGCAUCUACGCGAAAAUGGUGUGCCUGCAGAACUCGUCCGUGGCGAGACAGGAGGAGGGCCACCAACAGGGCGUGGUAGAGAACGAGGAGAUCAAUCUGACGCCGUUCCACAGCGUGGAGAUCAUGUCACCGGCCAGCGAACGCCGUCCUAGCCCGGUGCCGUCGUUCUGGUCGUUUGAGUCCGUCCCCGUGGAAGGCGGAGACCCUGUGGCAGCCUCCUCUGGCGCAGUGGCACGACCGCGCAAGCCGUCGCAGCUCCGCCUGCUCAAGAUGAACCGUCCGGAGUGGAAGCAGGCGCUGCUUGGGUGCGCCGGCGCGGUCAUAUAUGGCGCCGUGCUGCCGCUCUACUCCUACAGCCUCGGUUCGCUACCGGCGGUGUACUUCCUCGGUGACAACGCGCUCCUCCGCGAGAAGACCAGGCUGUAUUCCCUAGUCUUCCUCGCGAUCUCCAUCAUCUGCAUCACAGCGAACAUCAUGCAGCACUACAACUUCGCGGUCAUGGGCGAGCGUCUGACGGAGCGCGUCAGGGACCAGAUGCUCGGCAAGAUCCUCUCCUUCGAGGUCGGGUGGUUCGACGAGGACGAUAACUCGAGCGCUGCCAUAUGCGCGCGGCUGGCAUCGCAGGCGACCAAGGUCCGGUCCCUCGUCGGGGACCGCAUGUGCUUGCUGGUGCAGGCGGCCGCUACGGCGACUCUGGGAUUCUCGCUGGCUUUCUCGCUGUCGUGGCGGCUCUCGCUGGUGAUGAUGGCCAUGCAGCCACUGGUCAUCGCCGGCUUCUACUUCAAGAAGGUGCUCAUGACGGCAGGAUCCAAGAAGGCCAAGAAGGCGCAGGUGCAGGGGAGCCAGCUCGCCAGCGAGGCCGUGGUGAACCACCGGACGGUCACCGCGUUCUCGUCGCAGCGACGGAUGCUGGAGCUGUACGAGGCCGCGCAGGUGGGCCCGAGGAAGGACACCAUGACGCAGUCCUGGUACUCGGGCUUCAUCCUGUGCCUGUGCCAGUUCAGCAGCGCGGGGAGCAUGUCGCUUGGGCUGUGGUACGGAGGCAGGCUCAUGGCCGACGGGCUCAUCACUACAACGCCCUUGUUCCAAGUAUUCUUCAUGCUCAUGACCAUGGGAAGGGUCAUCGCCGACGCCGGGUCCUUGACGUCAGACCUGGCGCAAGGCGGUGACGCCGUACGGUCCAUCCUCGAUACGCUGGACCGCGAACCGGCAAUCAGAUCUGCCGGGGCUACCGAUCACGAUGCCAGCGAGUCGGACGGCGACAAUGAGAAGAAGCGGAAGAAGAUCAAGGGCGCAAUCGAGUUCAGGGACGUGCACUUCAGCUACCCGACGAGGCCCCAGGUGACGGUGCUGGCCGGGCUCAGCCUCGAGAUCGCCGCAGGAACGACAGUGGCGCUGGUCGGGCCGAGCGGGUCAGGCAAGUCCACGGUGAUCGGGCUCAUCGAGCGGUUCUACGACGUGCACAAAGGCUCUGUUCUGAUCGACGGCAGGGAUAUCCGAAGCUACAGCCUGACGCACCUCCGGUCGCAGGUCGCGCUGGAGGUCACCAGCGCCGCCAUGCUCGCCAACGCCCACGAGUUCAUCAGCGCGAUGGAGAGCGGGUACGACACGCAGAUCGGGGAGCGAGGGACGCAGCUGUCGGGCGGGCAGAGGCAGCGGAUCGCGCUGGCCAGGGCGGUGCUCAAGAACGCCAGGAUCCUGCUGCUGGACGAGGCCACCAGCGCGCUGGACACCGUGUCGGAGAGGCUGGUGCAGGACGCCGUCGACAGGAUGCUGCAGGGGACCAGGACCUGCGUCGUCGUCGCGCACAGGCUCUCCACGAUACAAAAGUCCGACAUGAUCGCCGUCGUCAAGGACGGGAGGGUGGCCGAGAGGGGGACGCACCACGACCUCAUCGCCGCCGGCCGUGCCGGGAUGUACUACAACCUCAUCAAGCUGCAACACGGCACAUCACCGAGCCAUAGUCCUAUGCAUGCGGGCAACUGA